CCACAGCUCAGCCCUAAGUGAAGCGGUCCCAGUUCAAACCAACGACUGCACCGACUCCUCAUUUGCCCAAGCAUGACUGUCGCCGACGAGUUUGCGCUAGCUAACGUCUCCUAUGUUCAAAACUUAGCCUCGGAUAGGAAGGGUCUGCCUCUACCACCUGCUCGCAAGGUUCUUGUUCUUACUUGCAUGGAUGCAAGGAUCCACCCUGCACAAUCCCUUGGUCUUAAGGAAGGCGAUGCCCAUGUCGUUAGGAAUGCAGGCGGAAGAGCUUCAGAUGCAUUGCGCAGCAUUGUGAUAUCCCAGCAAUUACUUGGCACGAAAGAAAUUGUUGUUCUCCAUCACACGGAUUGCGGCAUGCUCACCUUCCAGGAUAAUAGUCUCCGCGACAAGCUCAAAGAAAACCCUCCGAAGCCCAAUGCCCCGAUUGCGUCCACCGUCGAGAGCAUUGCGUUUCUGGCGUUUAGUAAUCUCGAUCAGAGCGUUAAAGAUGAUGUAUCCUUCCUCAAGGAGCACCCCCUCGUCCUUCCUGAGACCGUGAUUACUGGAUGGAUUCACGACGUCAAAGAUGGUAGCAUCAAGCAGGUGGUGUGAAUCGGAAUCGAAAUUAGUCAAGUUUACUGUCCGUGUCUAUGUAGUUUUCGUGUGCAAUAUCGUGGGAAGUCAAUACUGAGAUCACGUUCAUGUCCUUGCGGAUCGACGAU